AUGAAUAUUUCUCCGCCCAACUUUGACCCUGAUGGUGACGGAGCGCCAGCACCGCCACAUAAGGAAGCUCAACAAGCACAUAUCUCUUCUACAUUUGAAAGCAGAUCGUCUAAGAAGCCUAAGUUUGGAGGCGAAUACAACACGUAUCCUAUCCCUAUGAGUUUUAGGGAUAAGAUUUUAGGAGGCCUAGACUACUCCCUGUUCGACGUAGACGAUGAGAUUGAGAUUCUGGAAGAGGUUGUCGUUGUCACGAAGGAGGGAGCGACGGAGAAGGUGGAAGUCUCCGACAGAAUGGAACAUCAACUCUCAGAUCAAUGGAAAGACAUGAUUGUCCUCAAGCGAAUGAGGAAGUCAAUAACACUGCAGACACUCUGCCACUGGCUCCCAGAUCUAUGGCAGAUUAAGGAUUGCAUCGCCAUCAUGGAUCAGGACAAUAUGUUUGAUGCGGCAACCAGUAUGAUGAAGGCUACGAUUGUGUGGGCAAAACUUCCUGGACUUCCUGUUCAUUACUACAACAAUGUGUUCUGUAGGAGGAUUGGAAAAGCAUUAGGAAGGGUGGUGCAUAUUGAUGGCCAAACGGCGGCGAGAACAAGGGGCCUUUUUGCGAGAUUAGCAGUGGAAGUAGAAUUAGACAAACCUUUGGUGUCCCGGAUUGAUUUUAGAGGCGAAAUUCAGAGAGUGGAGUACGAGAACAUGCCCCUUUGUAUGCAUUCUGCAAUCGGACCCAAGUCGCAGACAAAUACAGCACCCGUGAAUAAUACAGACAUCAACAAGGUUGUGCAGACAUCGAGGUUUGACGCAUUACAAGGACUUCACGAAGAAGAAGAGGGACCUCAGUUGACUUCGGUGGCUGAUAUGGGCAAAGUAGCAGACAAAAGUGAAAAAAAACGAAAGUACAGGCCCACAAUAGUGGGUGUUGAGAACUAG